AUGGCAGCAGGCAACCACACGGCUGUAGUGGAGUUCGUCCUGCAGCACUUCUCAGAAGACCCCCAGGCCCGGGCUCUGCUGUCGGCUUUGUUCCUGUUCCUCUACCUGAUGGCCCUUGGGGGAAAUGCCCUCAUUGUCACAGCCGUCAGCUUGAGCCCAGGCCUGCACACUCCCAUGUACUUCUUCCUUGCCAACUUGGCCAUUUUGGAUAUUUUCUGCAUGACUACUGUUCUCCCCAAGUUGCUGGAGAGCCUGGUGGUCGGGGAGGCCACCAUCUCCUACCGGGGCUGCCUGACCCAGCUCUUCUUUGUGGGCUGGUUUCUGUCCACUGAGCUGGUGCUGCUCACAACCAUGGCUUUUGACCGCUAUGUGGCCAUCUGCCGGCCACUGCACUAUAGUGCCAUCAUGAGCCAGCCUCUGUGUACUCUGCUGGCCGUGGCUGUGUGGGCAGCUGGCGUGGUCAACACAUCUGUACACACAGGCCUCAUGGCAGAGCUGAACUUCUGUGGCCCCAACCACAUUGAGAACUUCCUGUGUGAGAUUCCCUCAUUGCUGCUGCUCUCCUGCAGCCCCACAACCCUCAACAAUGUCAUGGUGGUCAUUGCUGGUGUCUACCUUGGCGUGGUCAACUUCCUGCUCACCCUGGCCUCCUACGGCUGCAUCGUGGCCAGUGUCCUGCGCAUCCGCUCAGCAGCAGGCAAGCGCCGCGCCUUCUCUACCUGUUCCUCCCACCUCCUGGUGGUCACCUUGUACUACUGCACUGUCAUCUACACCUACGUCCUUCUGGGCUCAGGCGCCUCCAUGGAGAAGGGCAAGCUGGUCACUGUGCUCUACACAGUGGUCAGCCCUGCCCUGAACCCACUCAUCUACACAUUGCGGAACAAGGAUGUGAAAGUGGCC